AAACUCCACUUGCCAACGCUGCCUUCUGGGCUGCAAGGAGAGGAAAUCUGGCACUGCUGAAGCUGUUGUUGAACAGCGGCCGGGUGGACGUGGACUGCAGAGACAGUCAUGGCACCACGCUCCUCAUGGUCGCCUCCUAUGCUGGUCACAUAGACUGUGUAAGGGAGCUGGUUCUGCAAGGAGCGGACAUCAAUCUCCAGAGAGAGUCAGGUACAACAGCCCUGUUCUUUGCUGCCCAGCAAGGCCAUAAUGACGUGGUGAGAUUUCUCUUUGGAUUUGGAGCAUCCACUGAAUUUAGGACCAAAGAUGGCGGCACUGCCCUGUUGGCUGCCAGUCAGUACGGGCACAUGCAGGUGGUGGAGACCUUGCUGAAGCAUGGAGCCAACAUCCAUGACCAACUUUAUGAUGGAGCCACUGCACUCUUCCUAGCUGCCCAGGGUGGUUACUUGGAUGUUAUUCGAUUAUUGUUGUCUUCAGGAGCAAAAGUCAACCAGCCAAGGCAGGACGGGACGGCGCCGCUGUGGAUCGCGUCCCAGAUGGGCCACAGCGAGGUGGUGCGGGUGAUGCUGCUGCGCGGAGCCGACCGCGACGCCGCGCGGAACGACGGGACAACAGCGUUAUUGAAAGCAGCCAACAAAGGAUAUAAUGCUGUUAUAGAGGAAUUACUUAAAUUCUCACCUACUCUUGGUAUUUUGAAGAAUGGGACAUCAGCACUCCAUGCGGCCGUGCUCAGCGGAAAUAUUAAAACAGUUGCGCUGCUUCUGGAAGCAGGAGCAGACCCAACCCUGAGAAACAAGGCCAAUGAACUUCCAGCAGAACUAACCAAAAAUGAACGUAUAUUGCAUCUCCUUCGAAGUAAAGAAAGACACAGGAAGAGCUAACUUAGUUCCAUAUUUGAAGAAAAGAUAGAAACCUUAACCACAUUGUCCAAAGAAAAAUUGCUUUUCAAACAAUGUUGGAAACUCGUUUAAGCAAAAAAAUGCUCAGAAUGCCCACCCGGUGGGUCCUUUACAAAGAAGAGCUGUGCAUUGUGCACUGAGUCACAAAUGGAAUGGCUCAGGGACCCUUUCCCCUUAUUUACUGUGGGCUUCUCACACUGCCCUGUAACUGAGCUCCAGGGGGCCUAAGAUAUUCAUGGGUCCCACAGAAAUUCAUCUUCAACUAUGCUAACUUGGGUCUCUCAGUUAAACUCUAAGAUAAAUAGGCUUUUUAGUACUAAGCAAGCAGAAAGCUUUGUUCCCUUAAAAGACUGAAAGGCUGACCUGCAAUGAAUAGAUGCACUUUUGCUUUUGUGUUAGAUGUAGAUAUGCUAAAAUAUAUAGAUCCAUCAUAUUUUACAUAUAUAUGUGUAUCAUUCCAGUGUAAAAUGUUUUCUUCUACCCAAGGAUCAUAGCCGUGUUUAUUAAAAAUCAAUGAUGUUAAACAUGUUAUUAAAAAGCCACUUCUGACUUUCCACUGUGUGCUAUGCAAA